GACUUCGGGUUUCAACACAAUCUGUCACUUACAAAUUAAACGCACGAAAAAUUUGUGUAAAAACGUUUGCACUCAAUCAAAUUUAUAUUUGUAUUGCUAAAACUUUUUAUUUCUGAAUUUCCGAUCAAAAUUCCAAAGACGUCAAAAUGUUUUCCUCAAUUAAUUUUCUAUUUCUGAUAUCGCUAGCGGUCACCACGUGGAUCAUACUCUGCUAUUUCAAGCAAAUCGAACAGCAACGCGAGGACCCCAUGACCGUAGAGGUCCACAUGAACAACGCAUUCGAGGAAACCAUGCGGGCGAAAGCCUGUUUCGAGAAUUACGACAUUUAUUUGAACUUUCUCGCCAUCUUUGCGUGCAUUUACGCGCUGGCAAAGGUGGCAACAUUCGCCGAGAAUUAUGUGGCCCAACAGGUGCACGCCCGUUUCAAACUAGCGAAACUGCCGAACGCCAGGCCUGUGCAGCCAACCACCGUGGAGGAGUUUCGCAACCAGCACGCGCAACUCAACAUGCAAAUCGAUAACUUAGAGAAGGAGAACGCCAAAUUGGCGCAGAAAGUGAAGCACCUCGAGCAGAGUAACUUUCUUUUGAGAGUGAAACAGCUCAAGAGUGGCGCCGCAACAACUAGCACCGUUUGUAUGCUUGCCGACGCCGGCAAUAUUCAAAUGCCGCAGGAGAAUAACAAGACCACUUCGAAUGGCAUGCUGCAUGCGUUCGGCUCUAACGGCGCGGGCAAUGUUGUCGUGGGUGGCGUCGGUGUUGCCUGCAAUCAGAAGGAAGUCGUGAAUGGUGAUGGUGCUGUGGAAGGAAAGGAAAGGAACAGCGGUCCAUGUUUUGCUGCAACUGGAGGUGUCUUCUGCUAUCGGAAUGUAAUCAUACAGGAUGAUCACUCUCAGCGGACACGUCAGGUAUAUGUGAAUGAGGGCAAUGUAAAAUUGCAAUUUCAAGACUUUAACCAAGAAGGUGACAACAUCACGCAGAUCUGGCAGAAAUAUUUGGAAAUGCAAAAAUAUGCGAUACAAAAGCCGGCCGCGUCUCAUUGUGCAACGGAAGUGGCAAAUGCUGUGCCUAUUGUUGUAUCCACCGAAGAGCUACAAACGAUGCAAGGAUGCAUUUUGACAAAUUCAAAUAAUAUGGAAUAAUGAAAAAUUGAAUCGUCAGCGGCAUUUUUUAUUUCUGUGAAAAAACUCUUACUGUAUUAUGUGUUAUGCAAAAGAUUUGCGUCAUAUUCAUAAUUAUGUCAGAGCUUUGUUCCAAAAGUCAAGGCACUAACUGAAUCCAGCGAAGGUAUUGUCGUCAUUGUCAUCUGGUUCUAAACUGGACUUCAACCGUUCAAAUUCGUUGUCCAAAAAAAUUGUUGUUAUUCGUGUUUUUGAAUAUUUUUAUAAAAUGUUUUUAAAAAAAAUGUAAAUUUUUAUGUGAAAAUACAUUGUAUGUAUAUGUUUGUAAGCACA